CACCGAAAGAACGAAAGAAGCGCCGAAGUAACGAUGUAAGCACCAAAGGAACGACGAAAAAAGCACCAAAAGAACAUGAAAAGAACCAAAAGGACGAUGUAAAAAGUAUUGAAAAAACACGUAAAAAGCACCGAAAAAAAAAAAACAUACCAAAAGAACAACGUAAAAGUCACCAAAAGAACGACUUUGAAAAAGCAACUGGCGCUGGGAUACAAUUAAAAGAUUCUAAUGAUUACAAAAAAUUUAUAUUAGAUAAUAAAAAAGCAACCAAAGAAAAAAAAAAAUUUAUAAUUAUGAAAAAAAAUAUUAUAAAACAGAAUGAAAAACCUAUUGAAAAUAGUGAAGAUUCAUCAUCAGACGAAAUUAAAAUUAAAACAAAAAAACAAAAAACUAUACCAAAGGAAUCAAGCUUAUCCGAAGCUGAAAAACUACAUGGUCAAUAUGUAAAUCUUUUACGAGAAAAAUAUUGGUGUACAAAGCAUACAAAUGCAUGUUUAGUUGAAGAUAAUUUUCAUAACAAAUUAACGUCAAUGCAUCUUUCAAUUUGGGCUAAAGAGAUUAUAAAUGGUAUUGGUUCUAGUGAAGUACCACCCACUCAUCCAAUUUUUAAAAGUCAACAUAUCCGUAAUAGUAAUGAGAAAGACAGAUUACAAAAUGAAAUAGCACCAUUAUCAAUUGAUAAUGAAUAUGGAAAUACUGGUGAAUAUUUAGCUUUUAAAAAAGAAUUCAAAGAUGAAAAUAUAACAACUGAUAUGAUAUUUGAUUUAAUGGAUAAUGAAUUUGACAGAUUGGGAGUUAAAAAAAUCGGAUGGAGAAAAGUAUUAAAAAAGGCUGCAAAAUUAUAUAAUAAUGAAUAG